UUUCAAAAAACAUCAACAUAAAAUCCUUUUAAUUACAUUUAUAAUGUACAACGUGGACUGCAUUGCAAUUAAGGACAUCAAGCCAGGUCUGAAGAACAUCAAUGUCAUCUUCAUUGUGCUGGAGGUGGGCGUGGCCACGGUGACGAAGGAAAAUCGCGAGGUGCGAAACUUCAAAGUCGGCGACCAUACGGCCUGCAUAAAUGUCUCGAUUUGGGACGAGCCGGGAAAGCUCAUACAACCCGGCGACAUUAUAAGACUAACGAAAGGCUACGCCUCCAUUUGGAGGCACUUGACUUUGUAUUCCGGCAAGAACGGAGAGGUCUUCAAGAUCGGAGAAUUCUGCAUGAUCUUCAAUGAGGGCCUUAACAUGAGCGAGCCAAAGAGACCGGAACAGCAGGCGGUGGCCAAUACAGGCGGACCAGUUGCUGUUGGAUUGCCAGCAGGUGGUGGAGCACCUGUAGCUGCUGCCGCAUCUGGAGUACCCACUCCCCAGAGUCCAGCAACAACUGCACCAGUGUCUGCACCUCCCAAUACGCCACAGGCGGCAGGAAAGCAGGGCACACGCGGCGGAAGAGGAGGCGGAGGACGUGGCGGCCUCAAGGGCGACCGGCGAUAAACAUUAAGGGAUUAUCAUAGGUUUAUAGGGAAUCUAGGCGUAGGAAUAUUAAUAACUUGGUUCAAAUAUUAAAGGCUAAGUUUGCGUGUUUUAUUUUUGAAUUUAA